UCUAGUUGCUGUGGGUGUCAGUUUCAAGCGGACAGUAGUGGCGGUUGGUGAUUCUUCGUUGUAUCGUUCCACUCCACUAUAGUGGAAUCUUAGGGAAUCGAUAAGGCUAAGUUCCUUAUCAGAACUACAGUGGGUACCUUAUUGAAACACGAACAGAAUAAACAAGCAUUGUCGCGUAGUCGUCGUCGUCGUCGUAGACCGACUAAAGGCGAUAGGCGUACGAAGGAAUCACGUGUGCGCGCAUGAUGGAACUCCCUAGACGACGUCACACCACUCUCGGACUUUGCACCCUCGGUUAAUAGAAAAGCAAAAAAAGAAUUUUGAAAGUAAAAGUGCUUAAAGUGUAUCGCUGAACAAGGGUUGAGUUUCGUUGUGGAGAGUUCUUGAAUCAAAGAUUUGUGCUGUAGGGGAACUGCAAGCAAUGCAAUGCAGUGACAACAGAACAAAAUGUGGCCUGUUUGGUGAAUCUCGUGAAUUGAAGCUGAUGCGACGACCUAGUACACGUACGUAAUGGAAGAGGGCAAAUGUUAUUGAGACGUUUAAAAACAAGCUGAUAGUAAGAGUGAUACGCGCCAGGUUUAAUCUUUUAAUGCUGCGUUCGUUCCCGAAUGCAAGACGUCCCCGUAGACAGUUACAAGCGUGAAAUCUAACAGAUCGGUCGGAAGUGCGAGUGGCGCCAUGGCUGAUCAAUAAUUACUUAUUCGCAGUUCUACAAAUAAUGGCAAACUAUUCAAACUGAAGUGAACCCAAAGUGAUCAUUCUGUGUAUUCUCAAGGACACCCCCACCCUAUAACCCAAAGUGUUCAAAAUGACCCAAUCCAAACAAUACGACAUCCUUCAAGUCGUUCCCAAGAGGCAAAUUUUUAAGGUGGGCUUGCGCUGUUUGGUGGCCAAUUUGCUAUUGCUGUUAAAAUGGCUGUUCGAGUGCAUCAGGUGCCGAGUGCACAAGACCACCAUCAUGCGGAGAUCGAUCGAGCAAGUACAUUUUCCAAAUAUGCAGCCCAACUUCAUGACCGAGAGCAAAAUGGGACGACAUUCGUACGUGAAGCUAGAGAACACUAAAUUACACUACGUGGAGGCAGGAUGCCGCAGCAAUCCAACCGUGCUACUUCUUCACGGAUUUCCUGAUUGCUGGUUCGGAUGGCGAUACCAAAUUUCAGAGUUGUCCCAGUACUUCCACGUUAUCGCACUAGACCUGAAGGGAUUCAACGACUCGGACAAGCCCCUGUGGCGUUUCGAUUACACACCACGGACAAUCUGUGAAGAUCUGCGAAAAUUUCUGAUAGCCAUCAGCGCAAAAAGUGUAUCGGUUGUGGGCCACGAUUUGGGUGCCAUUAUAGGGUGGAUGUUUGCCCACACCAAUCCGGAAAUGGUGGACAAGUUUGUGAGCGUGUCGACGCCUCAUCCGAACCUUCUGUGGGACAACCUGCCACGGAGCUCUCCAUUUAACCGGAGAUGGCUGGAAUUCAUUCAGCUACCCUAUCUACCAGAAAUGGAGAUGCAGCACAAUGCGGAGCGUACCCUGAAAAAGUGCUACCCCCAUAUUCUGAAGGACAAAACGUUCAUAUCCGGAACAAACGGAUCUGUGAUAAACAAUCUCAUGGAAGGCUACAAGUACGCGUUCAGCCAAACGGAGGACUGGCGUGGUCCGUUGAACUACUAUCGGAACUUUAUGUUCUUCCGGGUAAAGGACGGCGAAACGCUGCAGUGCCCAUGCCUGAUCAUUACGGGCAACGAGGAUCGAAUAUACAAGCUGGAAUCGGUGGUCAAGAGCUCGGACUACUGCGAAAAUUUUGUGAUCAAGAUCGUUGAGCAGUCGGGUCAUGCUCCCCAUCAGGAAAUGUCGACUGAAUUCAACAGCACUCUACUGAAGUUUUUGAUAGGAAAACGAAUGCUCUUGAAAUCAUCAGAAAGUGCAACAGCAUCUCCUUCGCGAGGAUUGGUGGGGAGAGUCUUUGGAGGUAUUGGUGCGGUGGCGAACAAUACGGUCAGGCUGGGGAACAAUCUCAAGGAUGGCUACUCCUUUGCAACGGCUUUCAACAGUGUGCCAAAUUUUAUGCUAAAGAGUUAGGGUCGUGUGUGCGUGCCGUCUAUGGUGGAAUAAUUCGGGUGUGAAUCUUGUGGCUAUUUUAUAUACAUUUUAUAUAGGAGUGAAGUUUUGAAUUAAAAGUGUGCUUUAAGUAUAUUUAAUGUUUGAAAUUCCUAUUAUUACAAGAAAAAAUCCAAGGUUUUGUACUAAUAAACAUUAUGUCUUUCAUCUCAA